AUGAAAAAUAAAGAUUCUUUAGCCGAUCCAGAGAGAGUAGAUUCUCCUGAUGGGGAAAUGCUUUUCCAAAAAGUGAUCACAACUAAACGGAUAACUGUUCGUCCGCGAAAAAAGACGAAUUACAUCAUCGAUGGGGAAAAGUAUCCAAAGCUCAGCCUUGAUAAUAAAUUCAUUCCUCAACGACGAAUUAUUCAUUUGGACCUAAAAGGAGCACCCUACAAACCAUCAUUUUUUCCAUAUUUAUUUGCAUUCUUCAAUCAAAUCAAAGCGACGGGUGUGCUGAUCGAAUGGGAGGAUAUGUUUCCAUAUAAGGGUCGCCUAGCCGAAGCUGUGAACAAGAACGCGUACGAUAUCCAAACGGUUCGCACAAUUCUCGGAGAAGCUCGAAAACAUCACCUGGAAAUAAUUCCAUUGGUUCAAACAAUGGGACAUUUAGAAUGGAUAUUGAAGCUGAAGAAGUUUGCGCAUUUGAGGGAGGAUUCGCGAUUCCCGCAAGUGAUUUGCUUUUCUGAUGAUGAAGCAUGGAACUUGAUAUCGGAAAUGAUCUCGGAAGUAGCUGAUUUGCAUAAAGAAUUCGGAAUGAAUUAUUUCCACAUGGGAGCCGAUGAAGCAUUCCAGAUUGGUAUUUGUAAUGCAAGUAUUGUUAAACUACGAACGGAAAGCACUCGCGAACGUUUAAUGUUAUGGCAUAUGUCAAGAACUGCUAAUUUUAUCAAGAAAAACUAUAAUGACGUAACCGUUCUUGCUUGGCACGACAUGCUUGUGAAUGCGAUGGAACCCGAUCUAGAUGAGUACGGUGUCGUCAAUUUGAUCCAACCGGUUCUUUGGAAUUACGCUGAAGACCUUGAUUUGUAUCUUCCACGAUCUACAUGGAGUGUGCUGAAGAACUUUGGAAAUAUUUGGGCAAGCUCGGCAUGGAAAGGUGCUGACGGACCUGCGAGAUAUGCUACUCAUUCUGAGCAUUACAUCAAGAAUCACGAGUCAUGGGUUACUCAACUUAAUACAUUUUAUAAGGAUUUCGAAGCAAUUGAGGGAAUUAUCAUGUCCGGGUGGUCUCGGUACGAUCAUUUGGCUGUGCUCGCAGAACUUGCACCUGUAGCAUUGCCAACUCUUGCAAUGAGCAUGGAGACAAUUCUGGAAGCAAAACAUCUGAAUAGUUAUCCGAUAACAAAUGAACUUCUUCAAUGUUCACCACCCGUUGGUUUGGGAUAUUCGGCAUCCGGAUGUAGUUUUCCGGGCUCGCGAGUCUAUGAGCUCGUCAAUGACCUCUACCAAAAACGGCGACAAUUGCGCUCGUAUCGCGAAGAUGAUUAUGAGUUGAAUGGUUGGAUGUCCAGAAUGGCUGACGAUUACAUCGUAUCAAGUCAUUGGUAUAUUGAUAAAAUACAACCAAUGAUCGAAAUGCACGCAUUACCGCUGGAACAAUUGGAGUUAGAUUUGAGAAAUGCUCUCAGUUCUAUAUAUUACAAUGAUACAGUCGAUGAGUUCAUAUUCACAUAUUUGGAGGAAGAUUUGCAUUGGAUUCGACGAAAAAGAGAAACAAUGAAAAAGAUUAGUGAAGCGAGCGAAUUUCCACGGCGUCCGUUCAUCAUGAGUUCUAAACUUCGAGAUGAAUGUGGAAACACAAAACAAUAG